GUUCGUUCGCGUGCGAUAUGUCAUACGGCAAACUCCUUGGGUUUUCGUUUAUUGCUUCCAACUGCAGUUGACACUAAAAUCUGUCAUUCACAUCAACCUCGUACUGUUCGCCAUCUCAACAUUCGCCAUGUGAUCACCGAGAGAAAGCCUUCUGAGGCCACGACUACCAAGAGAAGCCUUCCCAAGAAAACUGUCGUCGACCGACAUCUUGAAAGAGAUGCUGCAGUGUCUCACGACAACCCCCUCGACAAGCGGACUUCAGCAGCAGCAGCAUUGCACCAAUACAAUCGCCUGGAUCGUAUUAAUGUCAACAAAUGGCGUUCGAAUCUCGUUUUGCCGCCCGAUUCCUUCUGGAAGAAGUGGAAAAACGCACUGAACGACAGUGAUGCUGGCGGGCUUGACACAGCUCUUAUUUUUGUGGAUCGCUGGAAAGAUGCAUUGCCUAAAUCAAUAUUUCAUAAGAAAAGGCAUGAAUUCUCGGAUACUGGUUCUAUAUAUGAAUGCACCUCCCACUGCUCACUGGCGGUUCUGGGAGUCCGUACAGUAGUGUCCUAUGGAUAUAACAAAGCAUUUGAAAACCAACAUAUCGCACGAAUCUCGCGGUUGUAUCAAUUUGGUGAGCUUGACACAAUUUACAAAGGUACCAUCGCAUCAAGGAAGCUCAUGAAGAUCUAUGAGCAGGCUGCAAAGUACGGCUUGUUCCCAAGCUUCGACAUCAGUAUGUCCAGCGACCAACCCGACGCCCAAUAUCGAAUCACCUUGGCUGUACCCAAGUGGAACGUCAAGGCUAUUUCAACUGCUCCAACAUUUAUUAAAGCCUUAAAUUCUGUCAUAAAAGUCUACAGGAACGAUACCAAANAAGACGGUGUCAGAAUCCCAAUGACACCCGAAGCCACCCCAGCAAGAUUGGAACAUCUGGACUUCAGCACCGCAGAUCGAGCUCUAAAGUUCCUCGUGGAGAAAAUCCAACCUAGUGACUACCGGCGAUGGACUAAGAAACUCGAUACACCGGGGCCACAAUGGGCUUAUAGAGUCGCAGUCGAGGAAUGCUAUAACCCUGAGAUUCCGAUGUUACGUAAACGCGACGCACAUUUUAUUGGAACUGUUACCGCAGUGGUGCGGAUCUUGCAGCGCUUUGGAUUUGAGCUGAUAGACGGAUUCGAGGAACACAUCAAGGCAGGCAAGGAUGACACUGCCAAGUCGAGUCCUUUGGUUGGAGAGGGAGAAGUUGAGAUUGCUGGCCAGUCUGACGGGAGCUCGCUUGAGCAAGAAGGGUUUGAUCAAGAUGCUGAACUGGAUGCCGCUCUUGAAAGUCGAAAGUCAAGAGACGGAUGGAAAGCUGAC